UAUGGAAGACGAAAUCGAUCGUGAGCCAGUGAAACUAACCGAUAAGGCGUCGUUUCGCGACGAAUCGGAAUCAAUCAGAAGGGCUUUGGAAGAGACUAGGAGACGACACACAAAAUCUUUACCGUCCGCUAGCGGAAAAUCAAAACCAGGACAACUGCAGCAACUACCUGUAACUCCCCAUUUACAACCAGAAAUGCACAGCAGACAGCUAAACAGGGCUCAAGUAGGCGAUGUGGAGAAGAAGAAAUUAGAACCACUUAACAAAGAAAUGAAAGUUAUGCUCCCUACUAUCAAUACGUUCGAUGGACCUCAGUCUGCAAGAACUACUCUACCACCGGUAAGUCCUUCUGAUAAAAGAAAAUUGGAAGAAUUGUCUUACAAAGACAAAGUCAAGUUGCAUAAUAGUGCUCCCAACAGUCCACUUGUAGGAAGAUCUCCUUUGAAAACGAAAAUUACUUUGGACAGUUCUUCUUUACUGUCACCGAGAAAAUAA